AUGGACUCUCUCGGCUCUCUCUCUUCUCAUCUUCCUAACCGUCCACCGGUCGAGCAAGAGCUCGCCACACUCGAGGCUAACAUCGUCUCCGAGUUUAAGACCGCCGCACGAGCAGUCACCCGUCUUUACACACUCUCCGGUUCCAAAUCCAAGCUGCUCAAGUCUCAAGGAUACAUGGAGUGUCUCAAUGAUCUUAUUCAACUAAUCACCGGUGCUAAUGCUGAAACUACCGGUUCUGAUCUUACAUCAACCACGCCUUGUUCAUCUUCUUCUUUCUCUACCUCCACUUCCUCUUCCUCUUCCUCUUCUUCUUCCUCUUCUUCUUCCUCUUCUUCUUCAGCUCAUCACAAUUACAACCAUUCAACGGUUACCCUUGAAGGAAUACUAAACUGGGCACUCAAUAAGCAACAUAAUAUGAACGCACAAGCUUCUUCUUCUUCUUCUUCGUCUUCGUCUUCUAAUUCUAAUCCAAUUCGUUCAUCAGUUUCAAAAGAUUCAGCACGUUCUUCUUCUGCUACUCAUCAAGACUCAGCUCAGAAUUCCCACGCGUCUAAUAUUAAAACAACUAGCCGAUCCACUCCUACAUCUACAAAUCAAUUCACAUUCACAUCCUCUCUCCAUCCUGCAUACCUUUCCACUGAAGUCCCGCCAACUUCCUACAAUGGCAACAUUUUUCACUACAACCCUGGAUCUGCCAAACCCUCAUCAGAUUCAUCCUCAGGUUCUCCAGAUGAGAAUUUUACCAAUAACCUCAAUCACAAAGCUGCUCUUGCAUAUCAUAGAACAAGUCCCACUCUUUGUGACCAAGAUGAAGCAUCUGAUUCUGAUGUUUUGGAAGACAUCAAUGAUGAUGAAUACCCUAGUCGCUUAAAUAACCAUCACCGCCAGCAGCAACAGCUUAAAACUAGAACACGGUCUUCAGUACCACCAGAAGCUUCAUCUACUGCAUCUUUGGAUAUCAUGCAAUCUUCUGCUAAUGUGAGUUCUUCAUCGUCUGCUGGUGUUGGUGUUGUUGGUGCUGUUGCUGGUUCUUCAGUUUCCGAGUCCGUAGUAGUUUCUCCCAUAGAAGCGGACACUGCGGCAACAAUGUAUUUAACCAACGAACAACUAAGAAUACUAGGAGGGACUCCAAGUAAUCCCUUAAAGCGUAAUAUUUAUAUGGCAGGAGUUACUGGCGCUUCUUCUUCCUCUUUAGGGACCGCAUCCUUGCCGUCCUCAUCGGCAUCCGCAGUAGGUUCACGCGAUGAUAGUGGAGCAGUACCCUUAUCGGUACGUGAUGGAUCACUAUCCCCACAGAUUCCUCAGCAACAACAGCAAUAUUCUUCUUCUCCUAAUAUUUCUUCCUCUUUGUCUUCUGCCCUGGAUGGAGGGAACACUUCUUCUGCAUCAUCAUCAUCAUCAUCAUCAUCAUCUAAGGGUUCAUAUGCUGCGCCAGUAUCUGCAUUUUUCUAUAAUAGUAAUAUUGAGCCUAAACGGCAGCGGUUUUCUUAA